AAUUCAUCGCCAUCGAUGGACCAGUAGCAACCCCAAAAACGAGUGGUGGUCUGUGGUGGCGGAGUAAUUGGGGUUUGUACAGCUUAUUUUCUUGCUAAGAAUGGUGCCGCCGUCACUCUUGUGGAGAAAUCCUCCGUGGCAUGUGCAGCCUCCGGCAAAGCUGGUGGCUUCCUCGCUCUCGACUGGUGCGAUGGGGGCCCACUAUCAUCCCUUGCCCGGGCCAGCUUCCAUCUCCACCGUUCACUCGCGCAGGAGCUCAACGGCCCAGAAUCCUACGGUUAUAGAUCCCUCACCACUCUCAGCCUCACCGUAAACGAAUCAAAAAUCUCCUCCGGUGACAACGCUAUUCCUUCUUGGGUCGACGGCCCAGUUCGAAGUCCAAGAACGAUUGGGUCGACCGAGACCACGGCCCAAGUGCACCCUCGGUUAUUUACAAGAACGUUGCUCACGAAGGCGACUGAGAGCUAUGGUGUGGAUGUGGUGAUAGGGAAAUUGGAGCGAGUGGAGGUUGAGGGAGGCCGAGUUGGAUCGGUGGUGCUUGAAGGUGGCCGAGUUAUUGAAACGGAUGCGGUGGUUUUGGCGCUUGGUCCAUGGUCUAGUAAAUUGGAGCUGUUGAGAUCGCUAUUUAGGGUUUACGGUCUCAAAGCUCAUAGCAUUGUUAUAGAGCCAAAAGAACCAGAUGCAAUCACGCCCCAUGCGCUUUUCCUUAGCUAUUAUCCUGCUCGUGGUUAUAGAACCAAACCCUUGGAUCCGGAAGUAUAUUCGCGUCCGAACGGGGAGGUGUACUUGUGUGGGAUGUCGGCCGAGGCAGAGGUUCCAGAGGAUCCAGAGAGUAUAAGGGGCGACCCGGAAUCAAUACUGGUGCUAAAGCGGGUAGCUAGGACGGUGUCGAGCCACUUGAGUGAAGGAGAGGCCAAUGUGAAGGCAGAGCAGGCAUGUUUCUUGCCAUGCACUGAUGAUGGUGUGCCUGUGAUAGGCGAAAUUCCGGGUGUUAAUGGUUGUUAUGUGGCAACUGGUCAUAAUAGUUGGGGGAUCUUAAAUGGUCCAGCCACUGGAGCCGCCGUGGCUGAGCUUGUGUUGGAUGGGCAAGCGAGCAUUGUGGAUCUUAGUCGUUUUAGUCCGGCCAGAUUUAAUUCUUCAAGCAUUGUCAGAUGAUUAAAGAACAAGAGCUGUGUAGAACAUGUGAAUAAAAUCAAAGCUUUCCAAAUAGCCUGGAAGAUCUCAGCAUAGGUAGUUUUUUCCCCCCAAAUAGAGGGGAAGACUACCCUUGCAAUAGCAUAGGGAUGUUUGAUUUCUGUCUUGUGUGAUGAUAGUAUUGGGAUUCAUGUUCAAUUCAAAUAUUCAGUACAAAUGUGACCCUAAAUCAUGUAAAUAUAUGCAAGCAUUAGCACAUGUUUAGUUCAAAUUCUUACU